AUGCCUGCGAAUGGUGAGCGGUUGAGCGCAGUUGCGAGGCAACGCCGUCUGCGUGAGGCGCAGUCCGCGCAGUCGACUCCUCGAGCAUCAUCCCCGGCCACAACGAGCGAACAGGUGCACUCUGUCCCUGCGACUGAGGAGAAGCCUCAAGCAAUCGAGGAUGAAGAAGUAUAUGAGCAACCGCUCGCCGUAUCCAACCAGUUCUCAACCUUGGUCGAUGCAUCCACCGUUCAUUUCAGCUCUUCCCGAGAAGUCGAAAACAUCAAUGAGAGGUCUGUUAAAGUGAGGUUGUCUCGGGGACAGAAAUGUACCAUACUGGGAGCUUGCUGUUUAUGGGUCAAGGAAGGAGUGGUAUCUGUGUAUGGUGCCAUUCUUCAGGCUUCUACGACUACAUUCCGUCUAUAUGCACCUGCAACUUACGGCCUGCCGUCUAUUGAGGCGCUGACAUCCAAUGCUGAAUUCCAACUGGACUCGUUGGGAGAUGAAAUCCAAAAUCUGCCAUAUAUAGGAGUGAGAGAUGUCUGGUCAUCGACCGGAGCUGGCAACUCCAGAUUGUCGUUUGACAUUAUCGGACAUUCUAUCGAACAGGAUGCGAAAGGCCUGAGAAGACCCAAAGAGCUCAAUUCCGAUGCCUGGAAAACCGUCCUGUCACAUUUCUCGAGUCCAGCCUCGACAAAGUCCCACUCAUCCUCAAGCCCAAGGAUUGUGGUAUGCGGCAGGCGAUCAUCCGGGGUCUCAACCUUGGCCAGACAUCUAUCAAAUCGACUCCUGACGCAACAGCACUCCAAGGGUCUUGUCAAUUUUGUCGAUUUAGACAGUGGAAUGCCGGAGUUUACACCGCCGGGGACUAUCAGCAUGCUUCAGAUCCAGGAGCCAAUCCUCGGUCCAUCCUUCUCACAUGCUGUUCUUUCCAGACAAAAUCUUGGUCGAACUUUCAGGACGCAUUUUGUUGGCGAAAUUGAACGUACCGACCUGUCGGACUGGCACCUCGAUCGCGUAAUCGAUCUGCUCACUCUAGAACAAAGUGUUCGUGGCAAGAAAGACAAUACUCCGGUCGUCAUCGUAGUGCCCAAGUGGCUCGAGGACAUUGAGUCACAAACUGCCAGUCUUAUCUGGAAGAUGAUGCAACCGACAGAUAUCAUCUGCCUAGAUACACGACAGAGCUCACCCCAUCUACAACCUUGGAAGACAUUGGCGGAAACUGCUAGCUGUCGAAUCCAUCAAAUCCCUGCCCAAACCUUUGACAGAAUGCCUCCUCUUCGCGAGCAUGAACUCUACAUGCAGUCCUACUUUCACAUGUCAGAGUCUUCGAGCGGCCAUUCACACUGGGCGGAGACGCCGAUUCUGGCCCAGGACCCUGUCAUUCUCAAUUAUGGCUUCCAGACCCCUGACGUCGGCGGUGUAUUGCUGCUUGGAGGGAGUGUCGCACUCGAAGACACAUGUGAAGCGCUUGAAGAGAGCAUUGUUGCUCUGUUGCUCGUCAGGCAGCAGCAGAAGGCGGAAGAAGACCCGGCUGUACUUGACAAGGGUCUGAACAUCGACAUGGAUGAUACAGAGUCAAUGGAAGACAGGGGAUGGCGGGUCAGCCGUACAGAGGAGCAAAUUCCUCGAUUGCUGCAAAGUCAUCGUUCACAUGAUGCUUUUCCGUAUUCAGUGAAGCAAUCGUAUUGCAUUGGGUUAGGAUUGGUAACAAGGUUAGACGUUGUGAAACGUCAAAUAAGCCUUGUCACUCCUCUUCAAUCCCAAAUACUCUUGAGGAGGCCGGAGGGACAUCAACUGGCACUUGUAGCUCCAAGAGCCACUUCGGAUGCGAGAUUCACAUCGGACUGGGCUCGGAAAGAGAUGAGAGGCAUGAGAGGCACGAGUCAAGAUCUGAAAGGACGGUGUGAAGCUGGGCAAUUGGAUUGA